GAAAUCCGCAGCAAGGUAUUUUAAAAGGAUUAGAAAGAUGAAGAUGAAUAAAACGGCGAGGUUUCAGGAGGUGUUGAAAUGAUUUAUUAGGUACAUCAAGUAAGUCUAGUUCGACAGGAUUACAUGAUUGUCGAGACCCAGGAUGCCAGCAGGUGCAGUGAAAUCUAAGUCUUAAGUCUGAAGCUACAGAGUGUACAGGAUGCGAAGGUAUAUUCAGGUACCAAGAACUGAACCUGAACAAGUCUACAGGUUUAACACUGGGUGGGAACCAAGACCAUUGCUGUCAUGUGUCUCUUGAGAUUUUCCCACAGUUUUUCCUCCUCUGUUUCAUCCAAUAUAUUGAACAACCAGCAUGUAAUGAUUCCCUUGCAAUGCUAUAGAGUAUGUGGCUGCUGUGGUGCAUUGCGCCCAAGAUACAAACGCCUGGUGGAUAACAUUUUCCCUGAAGAUCCAAAAGAUGGUCUUGUGAAGGCUGACAUGGAGAAGUUGACGUUUUAUGCAGUUUCAGCACCAGACAAAUUGGAUCGAAUAGGAAAGUAUCUUGCAGAAAGGCUCAGUCGGGAUGUUAUCAGGCAUAGAUACGGGUAUGUUUUCAUUGCAAUGGAGGCAUUGGACCAGUUGUUGAUGGCUUGUCAUUCCCAAAGCAUUAAUCUGUUUGUUGAAAGCUUUCUUCAAAUGGUAGCCAAGCUACUGGAGUCGGGAGAGCCUGAACUACAAAUUCUUGGCUCCAAUUCGUUUGUCAAGUUUGCAAACAUCGAGGAAGACACUGCUUCAUACCAUCGACGCUAUGAUUUUUUUGUGUCUCGAUUCAGCGCAAUGUGCCAUUCCUAUCAUGAUGAUCUGGAUACCAGGACUAAGAUCAGGAUUGCAGGCAUAAAAGGCAUUCAAGGUGUCGUACGGAAAACGGUGAAUGAUGAGCUCCAAACUAUAAUCUGGGAGCCUCAACACAUGGAUAAGAUUGUUCCUUCACUACUUUUCAACAUGCAAACAACAGAGGAACUUGACAGCAGAAGCAACCAUCCAUCAAUAUCACGAGCUGCUGAUAAAGAUGAGAACCCUGCGACUCUAGCAGAGAGUUGCUUCCGUGAAUUGCUGAGUCGAGCUGCCUAUGGUAACAUGAACAAUGCCAUCAGACCUGUACUAGUGCAUUUAGACAACCAUCACUUGUGGGACCCAAAUGCAUUUGCUGUUUCCUGCUUUAAAAUUACAAUGUAUUCCAUACAGGCUCAGCAUUCUCAUCAUGUGAUUCAGCAAAUUCUUCGACACCUGGACACUCACAACAAGGAUUCUCCAAGGGUCCGAGCUGGCAUUGUGCAAGUCCUUUUAGAGACUGUUACUAUAGCAGCAAAAGGUUCUGUUGGUCCAACUGUUUUAGAGGUGUUUAACACAUUGCUGAAACACUUGCGCCUCAGUGUUGAUUUUGAGUUGUCAAAUCAGGAUGCAUCUACUGGUGUUUUAUCAACAAGCAAUGAUGAGAAAGUAGUUCAGGAUGCAAUUAUCCAAACGAUUGGCUCUUUUGGAAGCAAUCUUCCAGAUUAUCAAAGAUCUGAAAUAAUUAUGUUUAUUAUGGGAAAGGUACCCACCUUUGAUACUGGAGCCCUGGAGUCGAGCUACUCUGGGGACCGUGGAACAAGAACAAUCCAGGUCAAACUACUACAAUCAUUACUUAUGGUAACUUCAGGAUACAAGGCCAAAAGUAUAGCAGCUGCACUUCCUUCUCCAUUUUUAGAGCCAAUAUUAUCAGUUUCUUUAAUGGAAGACAGUGAGCUGAGAUUACUUGUCCUGUGUAUUCUACAUAGUCUUAUUGAUCGUCAUGAGAACAAAGCAAAGUUCAAAGAAAUGAGAAUCAUCCCAGAUGUUUCAGCAUUGAAGAUAAAAAGAGACAAGAGCUCAAAGCAAGACAUAAGUUUCAUGAAAAAACAAGGACAGCUGUUAUACAGGCACAUUUACGUGGGAUGCAAAGAAGAUGAUAAUGGACAGAAAAACUUUGAAUCCUUAUUCAUCAUUCUCGUACUUAUUACAAUAGAACUGGCCAAUGACGAAGUGAUUGUAGACCUGAUUCGUCUUGCACUAGCUAUUCAGGAUUUGGCAGUGACUAAUGAAGAUAACUUGCCCACGCAUAACCGUUGUGCCAUUCUAUCUCUUGUGGCUGCAUAUUUGAACUUCCUAAGUCAGAUGAUUGCAGUACCAGCUUUCUGUCAGCAUGUAAAUAAGGUGAUUGAAAUACGAAGCAAAGAAGCACCUUAUCUUCUGCCUGAAAACCUCUCCAGAGAAAAAUUGCCCAAGUUCUUAGAGAUACAAGACAAAAGCUGUCUUUUCUUGCAAAACAGGAUUGCAGAUGCACUUGCUGGCAGUGGCUACAGUGUGGACAGGCUUUCUGUACCUUAUGUGCCCCAACAAACAGAUGAAGAUAGACUGUCCAGAAGAAAAAGCAUUGUUGACACAGUGUCAAUCCAAGUUGACAUCCGUGAUGUUCCACAGGACAAGGUAAAGAUGGUUGAAGAAAUCACCUUUGAAACAUUAAAGAAAGCUAUCGAUAGUCAAAAUCUUGAAGAACAAGAAAGAGAGAAGCGACGUCAAAUAAUUGAGAAGUUUCAGAAAGCACCAUUUGAGGAGAUUGCAGCUCAGUGUGAAUCCAAGUCAAACUUCCUUCAUGACAGGCUUGCAGAGAUAUUUGAAUUGACAAUAAGCAGACCGCCUCCAAGUCCAUCGGGAUCUAUGAGUGUGACAGCCGGCCACGUUCAGUAUCAUUCCAUCCCAGUCUACGAAAUGAAGUUUCCAGACCUUUGUGUUUAUUAGUUGCUGCUUCUGUUUGGAUGCCUCCAUUGAUUUAUAUCUUGUGAAAUAUUUUCACAGAAUCUCUCAAUAAAUUAGGUGAGCAAUCAGUUAUUUAUUAGGGCUUGCUGGCCUGGUGAUCAUUGUGAUGUGCUCUAUUAUGUCUAAAUGUACAAGUAUCAGGUUAUAGUGUAAGUGUGUAUUUAAAAUCUUGCUAUUUUCUUGAGCAAAAUACUUUGUUUUACCCUGCAAGAGGUCCACAUUCAGAACUGUAAAAGUGUCACUAGCACAAUUAAGCAUGACUUUUAUAUUAAAAUUCAGACUUCAUCAAAAAAUUGUGGUAACUGUUUUUCAUAAUUUCUCAUAUUUGUUAACAAGAACUUUUAAAUGAAUUUCUGUUACUUUUGUUUAGCAGCAUUCCAAACUUCUAAAGAUGUAACAAAACGUUUACUUGUUAACAAUUUUCAGUUCUAAUGUAUUCUCCAAACCAUGCACAUUGAGUGUUGUGGAUUAAUUUUAUUCACAUUUGGUACCUAGAAUUCCAUUUAGAAGGUUAGCAUUCAAUAUAUAGGUAAAAUGAAAUUGAUAGUAUCAACUUGUAUACCAGCUAGAGAUUUUGUUUUACCAAGUAGCAGAGUACUGCAAAGAGUAACGAACAAAUCUGCUAGGGAACUAUUUACAAUGUACAUAUGAAAGUUAAUUGCAGAUUUCAGCUGAUUACUUUUUAAAAUAAACUGAACUUUUCGGAUAUUAGAUAUACAGGAUUACAAUAUCUCUGACUGAAGUAAUAUCCAAUAAUCCUACUUAACAACUUUUCUGUUGCUGUUCCUUUCAACUACACCUGCAAAAUAUCAAAAUUAUGGUUAGUUUAUGCAUUUUAAUAAUUGACCAUUAAUGGAUAUUGUAUAAACCGGGGGAUCCAAACUGCUUAAUGCUCUCCACUACAUUGUGUUUUUUCCUCUGCAUCCCUCCACAGUGAGUUAAAGCUAUAUUUUGUUUAGCAAGUAAAACAACUUGAGUCAAUGUGCCAUUAAAAAUGAAAGUAGUACAAAAUACAGUCUGAAUCAAUUCACCCUGCUUGGCGGUUGUGCGCAUUUACAUCAGAUCUGUGUUUGUCUCUGAACAAAAAGUAGCUGCAAUUAGUUUACAUUUGUAUGGAGAAUGCUUUUUUUUGCAUUAACAUUUCAUAAUGCAUAUUUUUAAAUGGCAAAUUCUCUGUGCUCCAUCCCUUUUAUUUUUAUUGUACCUGGAGUUUGAAAACCUAGAGCAUAAGCUGCAGAUCCAGCUUAUUAACCAAAAAUAUGGUACAAAUUUGUCAAUGCAUAAUCUCUUAAUAAGAAUCUGGACUUGGCUGUUUUUUUAUAUAUCAUUUUGAAACCCAACAUUUUUAAUUUGUUUCAGUGCUUUUAAGUAAUUCUGGAGGGUGUGACAUGAAAUGUUUAAACUGGCCCAGUGCAUAGAUAAAGCUGAGAUGCUGAGGUUAAAAGUAUGUAUGUAAUACAUAAUUUUUUUUUGUAUUAGCUUAAAUACUUAAGAUGUGUAAAUGCAGAUUUACAAGGAAUACUCGAUAAAUCAAUUGCUAGUUUUUUUUUGGAGCUUUUGUGAAAACUCACCGAUCAGCCACAUUUAAAAUAUCAAUUUUUGGGAGUGGCAGGGUUAUGUUAUUUUAUAGCAGUGUUGAAAUUCAUUCCUUUGCUAUUCCAAUGAAGUUAUUACAAUUAAACUUGGUGCUUUUUGUCUUGUUUAAUUUUGGUUACAUUUGCUUUCAAUUUGAAACUCCAUAUACUUUUAAAAAUAAUAGGCAAAUUGCUGCCUGUUUUUGGUCUUCUAUAUUUAAAAUUCUGGUAACUGUACAAUGUGAAAAAAGGCUGCAUUGGACAAUUCUCUCGAUUGGUAAUUUUUUUUUUAUUAACCAAAUAAAUGGCAAACCUAAAAUGUUUCAAUGCUGAAACUGGACUUGAUUGAUACUGUGAGCAAUAGUAAUUUUAUAUUGGUUGAAGUCACAUACUUGCAUUAAAUGAAUGUUGUGACUUCUAGCAUUUUUGAAAAUACCAUUUGUUCUUGAGUAAGUUGUUUUUAAUGGUAUCAGUGGAUUAUUAGUGAAUUUAUGACAUAUGACCAGAGGUGAUUCUGUUUAUAAAAGCUUAUGGACAAUAUUUCUUAAAAUUUAGACUGCUUUCAUGCAUGUGCUGAAACCAAGAUCAUGUGUGAUGAUGUAUUGUGUAAUCCUAGUCACGUGUUAUGUCUUCAGAUAUGUUCAUUUUAAAGCAUAGACAUCUAUGAAUUCAAACUUUAUCAACCUUCAGAAAUGUUAUAAACUUAAUGGGAUGUAAAAUGUUGCACAAUUAAAACAAUGAAACAAAUA